CGCCGCCGCUGCACUUCCGGGCGCCGAUCCAGGAUGCAGAAGGUCUUGGUGCUACUCUUCUUGGCCUGGGUCUGUUUCCUUUAUUAUAUUGGCAUUGUCCUCUUCACCAGUGGCUUCCUCCUCACCCGUUUGGAGCUCACCAACCAAAGUAGCUGCCAAGAACCCCCAGGUCCUGGUUCCCUGCCAUGGGGGAGCCAAGGGAAGCCUGGAGCCUGCUGGAUGGCAUCCCGGUUCUCUCGUGUUGUGUGGUUGCUGAUAGAUGCUCUGCGAUUUGACUUUGCCCAGCCCCAGCACUCCCAUGUGCCUGGGAAGCCUUCUGCUGCCUCCUUGCCUUUUCUGGGAAAAUUAAACUCCUUGCAGAGGAUCCUGGAGAUGCAACCCCAUCAUGCCCGGCUGUACCGAUCUCAGGUGGAUCCUCCCACCACUACCAUGCAGCGCCUCAAGGCCCUCACCACUGGCUCACUGCCCACCUUUAUUGAUGCUGGCAGUAACUUUGCUAGCCACGCCAUAGUAGAAGACAAUCUCAUUCAGCAGCUCGCCAGUGCAGGAAAACGUGUAGUCUUCAUGGGAGAUGAUACCUGGAAAGACCUUUUUCCUGGUGCUUUUUCCCAAGCUUUCUUCUUCUCAUCCUUCAAUGUCAGAGAUCUGCACACAGUGGACAAUGGCAUCCUAGAACACCUCUAUCCCACCAUGGACAGUGGUGAAUGGGAUGUGCUGAUUGCUCACUUCCUGGGUGUGGACCAUUGUGGCCACAAGCAUGGGCCUAGCCACCCUGAAAUGGCCAAGAAACUUAGCCAGAUGGACCAGGUGAUCCAGGGAGUUGUGGAGCAUCUGACGAAUGACACAUUACUGGUGGUGGCUGGGGACCAUGGGAUGACCAUAAAUGGGGACCAUGGAGGUGACAGUGAGCUGGAGGUCUCAGCUGCACUCUUCUUGUACAGCCCUACAGCCAUCUUUUCCAGUGUCCCACCAGAGGAGCCAGAGGUUAUUCCUCAAGUAAGCCUUGUGCCCACGCUGGCCUUGCUGCUAGGCCUACCCAUCCCAUUUGGGAACAUCGGGGAAGUGAUUGCUGAGCUCUUCUCAGGUGGCACUGACGCCCAUCCUCACUCCUCUGCUCUAGCGCAAGCCUCUGCUCUCCACAUCAACGCCCAGCAGGUGUCCCGAUUUCUUCACACCUACUCGGCUGCUACUCAGGAUCUCCAAGUUAGCGAGCUUCACAGGCUGCAGAACCUCUUCGCCAAGGCCUCUGCUGACUACCAGCAACUUCUGCAGAGUGCCCAGGGGGCUGAGGUGCCCCUGCAGACUGUGAUUGCAGAGCUGCAGCAGUUCCUGCGAGGAGCUCGGGCCCUGUGUCUCGAGUCUUGGGCCCGUUUCUCUCUGGUCCGCAUGGCAGGGGGUGCAGUUCUGUUGGCGGCUGCCUGCUUUCUCUGCCUGCUUGCAUCCCAGUGGACAACACGCCCAGGCUUCCCCUUCAGCCCCCUGCUGCUGACCUCUGUGGCUUGUGGCCUCGCUGGUGCCAUACUGUAUGCUGGACUCUUGGCAACUACUGGAUUGAAGCUAGAUUCCGUGAUUCUAGGGACUGCGGCUGCAGGAGGGUCACUCCUCCCUUUUCUGUGGAAAGCGUGGGCUGGCUGCGGGUCUAAGAGGUCCCUAGCAACCCAGCUUCCUAUCCCUGGGCCUGUCCUAUUAGUCUUGUUCCUCCGCUUGGCUGCCUUCUUCUCUGAUAGUUUUGUUGUCGCUGAGGCCAGGGCAACCCCCUUUCUUUUGGGUUCUCUUAUCUUAUUCCUGGUAGCCCAGCUUCACUGGGAAGGCCAGCUACUGCCAUCUAAGCUGCUCACAACAUCCCGCCUCAGCUUUUCUGCUCCAACAGGCCCCCCACGACACGGUGGCACAUAUGCCCUGAGGCUUGGAGUUGGGUUGCUUUUGUGUACAAGGCUAGCUGGGCUCUUUCAUCGCUGCCCUGAAGAGACACCUGCUUGUCACUCCUCUCCCUGGCUGAGUCCUCUGGCAUCCAUGGUGGGUGGUCGAGCCAAGAAUCUGUGGUAUGGAGUUUGCGUGGGGGCGCUGGUGGCCCUAUUAAUUGUUGUGCGCCUGUGGCUUCGGCGCUAUGGUAAUCUCAAGAGCCCUGAGCCCCCUGUCCUCUUUGUGCGCUGGGGGUUGCCUCUCAUGGCACUGGGCACUUCUGCCUACUGGGCAUUGGCAUCAGGGGCAGAAGAAGCACCCCCGCAUCUCCAGGCCCUGGUUGCUGGGGCAUCAGUUCUCCUGCCCCGAGCUGUGAUGGGAUUGGCUGCCUCAGGGCUCCUGCUGCUGCUCUGGAGACCUGUGACGGUGCUGGUGAAGGCCGGGCCAGGCGCUUCACGGACCAGGACUAUCCUCACCCCCUUCUCAGGCCCCCCCACUUCUCAGGCGGACCUGGAUUAUGUGGUGCCUCAAAUCUACCGACACAUGCAAGAGGAGUUCCGCGGCCGGCUAGAGAGGACCCAAUCUCAGGGUCCUUUGAUGGUGGCUGCUUAUCAGUUGGGGAGUGUCUACUCAGCGGCGCUGGUCACAGCCCUCGUCCUGUUGGCCUUCCCUCUUCUGCUGUUGCAUGUAGAGCGCAUCAGCCUGGUGUUCCUGCUUCUGUUUCUGCAGAGCUUCCUUCUCCUGCAUCUGCUUGCUGCUGGGAUACCCAUCAGCACCACUGGUCCUUUUACUGUGCCAUGGCAGGCAGUCUCAGCUUGGGCCCUCUUGGCUACCCAGACCUUCUACUCCACAGGCCACCAGCCUGUCUUUCCAGCCAUUCACUGGCAUGCAGCCUUUGUGGGAUUCCCAGAAGGUCAUGGCUCCUCUACUUGGCUGCCUGCUUUGCUAGUGGGAGCCAACACCUUUGCCUCCCACCUCCUCUUUGCAGUAGGUUGCCCACUGCUCCUACUCUGGCCCUUUCUGUGUGAGAGUCAAGGGCCAAGAAAGAGGCGGAAGCCCCUGGCAAUGGAGGCUGAGACCAGAGGCAGGUUUGAGGAGGAAGAGGAGGAACCGCUGAUGGAGAUGCGGCUCCGGGAUGCUCCACAUCACUUCAAUGCAGCGCUGCUGCAACUGGGCCUUAAGUACCUCUUUGUCCUUGGUGUUCAGAUUCUCGCCUGUGCCUUAGCAGCCUCCAUCCUCCGCAGACAUCUCAUGGUCUGGAAGGUGUUUGCCCCCAAAUUCAUUUUUGAAGCCAUAGGCUUUGCUGUGAGCAGUGUGGGACUUCUCCUGGGCAUAGCUUUGGUGAUGCGAGUAGAUGGUGCUGUGAGUUCCUGGUUCAGAAAACUAGUUCUGGCUCAGCAGACGUAGCCUGGGAUGCAGGUGCUGGCACUAACCAUGGAAAGAACUGGAAAAUAAUCAAGCCUGACCUGUAUAGGUGCUGGAUGAUCUGCAA